UCCAUCGGGCUCAAAAGAAUCAACUUUGAGAACUGAAAUUCCAAAUUACGAAUAUAAACAAACAGCUGAAAAUAGGUGAUGAAAACCUCACCAGAUGAAGUAUUAAGUCACAUUGAGUCACUGAGUCCAUGUUUGUACAGUCAGAGAAUUCUGUCGACUAUCUCCAUGAAUCUGAUUUGUGGCUACAAGAAUCAGGAAAUGGACAGAAAGUUGGGAAAAACCUUCAAAGAGAAAUUAAUCCUGAAGAAUGUCUUGGUCAAAGAAAUGAUUGCAGAAUUCUUGGGAACAUUCAUGUUGAUUGUUCUUGGAUGUGGUUCUGUAGCCCAAGCUGUCCUUAGUCGAGGGGUCGCAGGUGGAAUUGUAACCAUAAAUGUUGGCUUUGCAGUGGCUGUUGCAAUGGCUGUUUAUGUAUCAGGAGGAGUCUCUGGUGGUCACAUUAACCCAGCAGUGACCUUUGCUAUGUGUCUCUACGGACGGAUGAAAUGGUACAAGUUCCCUUUCUAUAUAGGGGCUCAGUUCCUGGGGGCUUUUAUAGGGGCUGCAACCCUCUUUGGAAUAUACUAUGAUGCAAUUAGGUGCUUUGCUGAAGGAAAACUGCUUGUCACAGGAGAAAAUGCAACAGCACAGAUUUUUGCAACAUAUCCAGUUAAAUACUUGACUGUGGCAAAUGAAUUUGCAGAUCAAGUGGUGUCUUCCUCAUUCCUUCUCUUGGUUGUCUUUGCCAUUUUUGAUGAAAAAAACUGGAGGGUCCCCAAGGGCCUAGAACCCGUCGUCAUUGGCCUACUGAUCCUGGUUCUUUCUUGCUCUUUGGGAAUGAACACUGGCUGUGCCAUGAACCCAGCUAGAGAUCUGAGUCCCAGGCUCUUCACAGCCCUGGCAGGCUGGGGGUUUGAAGUCUUCACAGCUGGAAGUCACUUCUGGUGGAUCCCAGUAGUAGGGCCUUUCCUUGGUGGAGCCAUAGGAGGUUUCAUCUAUAUUUACGGCAUUGAAAUCCACCAUGCAGACCCAGAGACAGAAGAUAAGAUGGAACAAGUAGAAGAGAAACAUGAACUUAGUGUGAUAAUGUAAUAAUAUGCCCUAUCCUGGACUGUGCAGUUGGUUGCAGUCAAGGGUCUAUAACUGUGUCUGUUCACUAAAAGUACAAAUUUGAUGAAGUUGUAAGACUGAAAGCUAGGGGAAAAUCUACUCACUUGUACUGGGCCCAGUGGGAGAGAUACUCCAUUGAAAAGGAGUAGGAUUAAGCAAGAAGUUGGGAUGGAGGCUGCUUCUGUGGCUCUGCAGGUUGGGUAUUCCCCUAGAAGAGCACUUGAGAUGGAAUCUUCUAAUGAAGAGAAUUUUCCCCCUAACUUUCUCACUUCAUCUUCGUGAUGUAAGUCCUUUGGGGUGAGACACCUGAUUACUGAUAUGCUCAACUGGAUUUAUACCAGCUUCAUUAUCUGUAAAGAAAUAUUUUUUUCAGUGCCAUUAUAUACCAGGAUUUUUAUUGUGUAUGUCCCAAAGAUUACUUUCUGAGUACCAAGGUGUGUGUUCAAAGAUUUAAGUUGUCUCAUUUAACUUAUCUGUGAUUGGAAACUUAUGGUACUUAAAAGUUCUAGGAAUUGUCAACUUUGCUGCUAUAACAUAAUUCAUCAAUGAAUCAUACAUCCUAGAAGUAGUUUUGUCAAAAACAAAACGAAACAAAACAAGAACAAAACAAAAAGCUGAAAAUGUCUUUCCAAAGAAAAUAUAAAAUGUGUGCUUACUCCUUUAGAUCAGCCAUGGAAAAAUAAAAAACCCUGGCCCACGUAUCCAUAUCUUUAAUAAACCAAAAAUUGAAUAGGAAUCAA